UCUUCAUUUCCUCCUCUCUCUGGUUCCUCUUGUAGCUUCCGUUUCCGGGGAGGGGCCGAGUUUCCUUCGCAGAUUAGGGGCACCGCGGCACAGCCGGGAUGGCUGUGCUAUCGUUACUGUUUUUCGGGGGUUUGUGGAGUGCUGUGGGGACGUCCAAUCUGGCUGUCGUGACAUGCGGUUCAGUGGUAAAGCUACUCAAUACGCGCCACAACGUGCGACUGCACUCACACGACGUGCGCUAUGGGUCAGGUAGCGGGCAGCAGUCAGUGACAGGUGUAACGUCUGUGGAUGACAGCAAUAGUUACUGGAGGAUACGGGGGAAGACCUCCACAGUGUGUGAGAGGGGAACACCCAUCAGAUGUGGCCAGCCCAUUCGGCUUACACAUGUCAACACUGGCCGAAACCUCCAUAGUCACCACUUUACUUCACCUCUCUCUGGAAACCAGGAAGUGAGUGCAUUUGGUGAGGAAGGUGAAGGCGAUUAUCUGGAUGACUGGACAGUGCUCUGUAAUGGGCCCUACUGGGUGAGGGAUGGUGAGGUGCGGUUCAAGCAUUCUUCUACCGACGUUCUGCUCUCUGUCACAGGAGAACAAUAUGGUCGACCCAUCAGUGGGCAAAAAGAGGUGCAUGGCAUGGCUCAGCCAAGCCAGAACAACUACUGGAAAGCAAUGGAAGGCAUCUUCAUGAAACCCAGUGAGUUGUUGAAGGCAGAAGCCCACCAUGCAGAGCUCUGAGUCUGGAGGCUGUGAGCCACUGUCACCACACAGGGUUCAUAGACAUCUGCUGCUGCUUCACCCUGGGAUCCCUGUCACAGGUUCCUUGGGCAUUGGCCAUAUCACCACUGAGAUGAAGAUGGACAAGAGAAAACAAUGACUGUUUUUGGAGGUUUCAGCCCUUCACAGUUGAGAUGGUUGUUCUUCCAGACUUGAGUCCGUUCUUUCUGAGUACAGGACUUGGUGAAGGAGCAAGAGCUUUUUAUUCAUACUGAUAAAACAGAAACUGAGGGAGACAUCCCUCCUAGCUGGGACAUUUUUAUUCUUCAAAAGCUUGGCAUCAUAGUUGUUAAUGUGUGUUUUUUUCCCUGCUUUCUUUCUCCAAAAUAAUAAAAAAGAAUUU